CCCAGCUGUACUACGCCUCUACUGCUACCCAAGAAAAUCAAUUCGAUUUCUCUUUUCCCCCAAACAAUUGACCUCCGUUUUAUAGCCUCUCUUCAUCACAACCUUCUCUCACUACAUUUCCUCUCUCUCUCUCUAGCCCACUUAACCCCCCCCCAAUCAGAGAGAGAGAGAGAGAGCGCGUGAGAGGAAAAGCAGAGCUGUAGAGAGAGAAAGUUCUUCUGAUCUCUCUCUCUCUCACACACUAGAUCUACUACUACUACUACUACCACCACCAGUGUCCACUGCAUCGGCCUUGUUGCUGGCUGCGUGCGUGCCUUUGCCCAAAGCCUGCCUGCUCGGUGGUGCCUCGCUUCGCUUGCAGCUGCAGUAGUGGCCUCGCCCUCACUCGCCCACUUCCCCUUCACGCUCUAUGCUUGCUCUGCCACCAUGUGGCGGUGGUGGUGGUCUUCGGGGCGCUCCAACUAACCACCACCAGCACCUCACACCACCGCAUCGGCACCUCACACCACCGACCCUGGUGGCGUCACGCGGCCCGGUGGCUUCUUCCGCGCGCGGCAUUGCAAUGCCGCCACCGGUGGACGCUCCCGUGGAGGAGUAGCUAGCUGGCCCAGCGGCAGCGGCAGCGGGCGAGGCGAAGGGGGGCCGGACCGGAGGUCGUUCUUGCAGAGCCUUCUGUUCCGGGACCGACCGACCGACCGACCGACCUAGCGCGGCGACGCCGACAUGUUCAAGUCGCGGUGGCGCGGCGGCGGCGGCGGAGGCGGUGGCAAGGCCAAGGCCGUGUUCAAGCUGCAGUUCCACGCCACGCAGGUGCCCGAGCUGGGAUGGGAGGCAAUGAUGGUGGUGGUGACGCCGCAGGACGCCGGCCGGCCGACGGCGCGGUCGGAGCCCGCGGAGGUCACCGACGGCGCGUGCCGGUGGGCGGCCCCUAUUAUGGAGGCCACCAAGCUCCCCGCCGGCAAGGACAAGAUCUACCAGUUCCUCGUCUACGAGACCGGGUCGAGCAAGGCGGCGCUGCUGGGGGAGGCCACGGUGAACCUGGCGGAGUACGCCGACGCGUUGAAGCCGUCGGCGGUGACGCUCCCGCUCAAGGGCAGCCCCGGCGCGCUGCUGCACGUGACCAUCCAGCGGGUGGUGGGUGGCGCCGGUGGGUGCGGAGACGACGUGAGCGAGAACGGCGACGCCUCGCCGGUGCCAAAGACGCCACAGAGGAGAACGACGCUGCAGAACCAGCUUAGCCGAUUUGAGGACGAGGACGGCGAGAAGGCUAGAGCGGCCACGGAUGCGAUGAGUCCUGUGCAAGAUGGGUUGUUGAUAAGAAAACCUCCAGGCAUGAGGUUUCCAUCAAGAAGAAAUGUGCCUACAUCUGUUGACCCAGUGGGCCAUCUCCACAAUGGCAGCAGUUUCGAUGCCGUCUCGGUGUCUGGUUCAGAUGGAAGUUCUGGGAGAUAUACCCCCAAGAUUAGCGCAAGCAUGCACAACUCAUUUCUUCAGGAUAGUAGCAAUGCUCUCUCUCCAUUUGCCAACAAUGGCACCGUGGGAAACCCAUUGACCAGUUCCGGUGACUGGUCAGGAAGCUCAGCUCCUGAUGCUAGUACGGAUGGGUCAACGAGCAAUUCUGGCGAGGCAGGGUUAAGAGGGGAAGAUGAUGACGUGGAGAAGCUAAGAAGUGAGGUAGCCACUUUAACCAGGAAAUUGGAUGUCUCAGAUAUGGAGUUGCAGACUCUCCGAAAGCAGAUUGUGAAGGAGAGUCGGCGUGGGCAAGAUCUCUCCAAGGAGAUGAGCAGCCUGAGGGAGGAGAGGGAUGCACUCAGAAGAGAAUGUGAAGGACUUAGAGGGGCAAGGAAGACUAUCCAUGAUUCAAAUGGCUCAGGGAAACGGCUCUCAGAUGGGGAUGACCCAUGGUCACAGAUUGAAGAACUGAAGCAAGAUCUGAGUCAUGAGAAGAAUCUAAAUGCGGAUCUUCGUCUACAACUGCAAAAGAUGCAGGAAUCCAACUCUGAGCUGCUUCUGGCUGUGAAAGAUCUUGAUGAGAUGUUGGAGCAAAAGAACAGAGAGAUUUCCAUUUUGCAAGAGGAUACACGGGAUGAUCCGCAGGAGGCAGAAUAUGAGCAUGCACUGUCAAAUGUGCACAAUUCUGGACACAAAAUAGCCUUAUCUGAAUCGAGUUCAUACCAAGAGAAGGAAGAUGAGCUUAUGCUAGAUGCACUAGCAAAGAAGCGUGAUGACAUCUCUACCUCUGAGCUUGAAAAGAAAAUCCUUGAGUUGAGCAAUGAAAUUGAGUUGUACAAGAAAGAUCGUGAGGAUAUCGAGAUGCAGAUGGAGCAACUUGCACUUGAUUAUGAGAUUCUAAAGCAAGAGAACCAUGACAUAUCUACAAGGCUGGAGCAAACACAACUCAGAGAGCAGCUAAGGAUGCAAUAUGAGUGUUCAGCUCAUUUGUCUAUUAUAAGUGAUCUUGAGGCCAAUGUUGAGAGCUUGGAUAAUGAACUCCAGACACAGGCUAAAAAGUUUGAGGCUGACAUAGCAGAAAUAAUGAGCGCAAAGGUGGAACAAGAGCAACGGGCCAUUAAGGCUGAGGAUUCUCUGAGGAAGAUAAGAUGGAAUAAUGCAACUACUGCAGAACGACUUCAGGAGGAAUUCAAGGUGUUGUCUUCACAGGUAUCUUCUGCUUUCAGUGCAAACGAACGACACCUUGUGCAAGCAAGGAAAGAGGUGGCGGAGCUGCAGCUGCAGAAGAGCCAGUUGGAAGAGUUACUGCAGAAGGCUCAAGGAGAUCUCGGAUCAGUUCAGGAUCAGCACCGGGUAAAGGUCCAACAGUUAAUAACCCUAGUGGAUUUCAAGUCAAAGGAGAUAGACAGGCUACUGAUGGAGCUCAAAAGCAAGAGUGACGAGUUCCAUAGCCAAAAAAGAUGUGAUGAAGCAAGGAUGAAUGCUCUGUCAGAAGAAAUUGACCUACUCAAUGCCAAGAUUGACAAGCUAUCCAGUGAGAGAAACGAGCUCUUCGAAAAGAAUGAGCAGAAAGAUAAGGAGUUAGCUGGAAUUAGUGAAAAGGACAUGCAAUUGCAAGACAAAACUGCUGAGAUUACUUCACUAAAUAAAGAGCUUGUAUCCCUCAAGGACCAAGUGAAGAUGCAUUUGGACGAACUACACAAUUUAAAACGUUUGAAGAACGAGAAGGAGGAGACAAUUGGAAAGCUGCAAAUAGAUAUUGGGUCACUGAAACUCCAGUGCGACAACUUGAAGACUUUGCUGUCCAAGAAGGAGUCUGAGAAAGACAACCUUGCUUCUCAGGUGCUGAAACUGAGAAGAUCCCUUGAAACCCGGGAAGGGGCAAAGGCAAAUGGUCAAAAUUCAGAUGCGAAGGACAAUCAGCACACUAAUAAUAAGCGCACCAAACACAAUACCGGCUCCACUGGGAGCACUACUGCACUGCCAAGCACCAACAGACAGGGUGACUGCAAUGGGCUUGACAUGAGUAACGCGGCUGACCAGUCAGCAAAGGAGCUGGCCUCACUGAAGGAGAGGAACAAGGCGAUGGAGGAGGAGCUGAAGGAGCUGCACGAACGGUACUCAGGGAUUAGCCUGAAGUUCGCGGAGGUGGAAGGCGAGCGGCAGCAGCUCGUGAUGACGGUUCGGUCGCUGAAGAACUCCUUGCGGUGACCGAUGCUGCUCCACUCACAUUGUGUUGUAGCUAAAAAAAGAUUAGAUGUACAGGUGGGCGACUGGAUGAGCUUUUUAUGAAGAGAGGCUCCAGACCAGAGGCCUCGCGGAGGCCAGGCCAGGCCAGACAGGUACCCCCCGGGUAUGUAGCAGGGGGGUGCCUGCGGUGUGGUUUGUCCGUCAGAGUUACAGUACACAGCAACAUGUAGAUCUCGUCACAAUAAUAUUCUUUGGUUUUCUUCGUUCGUUCCCCCAUUGGCGUGUGUGCAGUAAUAUAAGUUGUAAUAGUUGUCUCUUACCCUCUCUAGAGUGUGUUGUGCUGUAUAAUUUUCAUGGUGUCACUGUGUUGUGAUGAAAGGAAAAUGAGAAGAAAAGAGUGGGUGUCAGUUUGAUCUCAGAAA